AUGGCAGCCCCAAGCAAAAAACAUAUCCCUAUCCCCUACUUCCCAGACUUCAGCAGGACUAACUCCCCUAGGGAGAACAGGAGGUCCCUCUUCCAACUCAUUAACAUUUUAGAGUCAUCCUCAAGGCUCAAGAAUGUCUCCUCUGCUUCCGUUCGGAAAGUAUUGGGAUCCCUGAGGCCCAAAGAGGAGCGCCCAAGGGUGCCCAGGAGCUUUGGGAUGGACACAAUUUUUGAGAGCAUCGAGGAAGCGAAUAUCUACCAAUCAAUCGAGCAAGAGAAAAAGCAAGAACAAGAGCCAGAACCAGAGGCAGAGCCAGAACCAGAGGCAGAGGCAGUUAUCCAAGGGACCAAGACCAGCUGCACGUUUCCGUAUAGCAUUCUCUUCUCCACAUUCCUCUACUGUGGAGAGGCUUCGUCCGCCCUGUACAUAGCUAGAGUCUAUCAUACGAGCAAUGAGAUUCACUGGAUGGCCUACACUAUGGUCUUCUUCCUGAUCGCCUCUAUCAUGGACCAGCUGACCCUCAUUUUUGUACACAGGGACCUGACCAAAGAUAAGCCUCUCUUGCUGUUUAUGCAUCUUAUACUUCUGGGGCCAGUUGUCAG